AUGGCAACGCCUAUGCUGCUGGGUGCGCUGCCAGUUCUGGCUGCCAGCACGGUGCGGCUGCGGCGGCUGCGUGCGAGCCGGCGACCGUGGCGUGGGGACACUGCUCUGCGUGCAGCCACGGUGAAUGUGGAGGAAGGGGAGAAGGUGGUUGGCAUCGACCUUGGUACGACGAAUUCGGCAGUGGCUGCCCUGGAGGCCGGCAAGGCCACCGUCAUUCCAGGCGCAGAUGGUGCCCGCACUAUCCCAAGUGUGAUAGCUUACACAAAAACUGGCGAGACUUUGGUCGGACAAAAGGCAAAGCGUCAAGCGGCAGUGAAUCCGGCCAAUACUUUCUAUUCCGUGAAGCGCUUUAUUGGGCGGCUGCGGAAUGAGGUACGAGACGAGGUCAGCGAGGUCUCCUAUCAGGUCGUGAGUGAGGAAGAGGCCGAGGGCGUCCUUGGCGUGCGCUUAGAGUGCCCUCACCUGGAGAAGCAGCUGGCACCUGAAGAGAUCUCCGCGCAAGUGCUGCGCACGCUGGCUGGUGAUGCAUCCAAGUACUUACAGGCAGAUGUGAAGAAAGCCGUCAUUACGGUGCCAGCCUACUUCAAUGACUCUCAGAGACAAGCCACAAAGGAUGCGGGGGCCAUCGCUGGGCUUGAGGUCCUUAGGAUCGUCAACGAGCCAACAGCUGCCUCUUUGGCAUAUGGACUGGAAAAGCGCGAUAACGAAACCAUCCUGGUAUUCGAUCUUGGAGGCGGAACAUUUGACGUGUCCGUUCUUGUGGUCGGAGGUGGUGUUUGCGAAGUUCUCGCAACGAGUGGCGACACUAAGCUUGGUGGCGACAACUUUGACAAGUGCAUUGUUGAUUGGCUGGCCCAUCGCUUUGCCUCCCGCACGCUGAUUGAUCUUCGGGAGGAGCCGCAGAGUCUGCAGCGCCUUACUGAGGCGGCCGAGAAAGCAAAGAUCGAGCUCUCCGGAGUCUUGUCCACUACGAUCUCGUUGCCCUUCAUCACGAUGGACGAGGAGGGCUCCCCGUUGCACCUGGAGGAGGAGCUGACGCGUGGGGAGUUCGAGGGCCUCUGCACGAAGCUUCUGGAGCGGCUCCGAGAUCCCGUGGAGAAGGCACUGAAGGACGCAGAUCUGACUUACAAAGACUUGGAUGAGGUGGUGCUCGUGGGCGGCUCCACGCGCAUCGGCGCUGUCCAAGAGUUGGUCCGAUCGCUGGUGGGAGGCAAAGAGCUGAACCAAAGCGUGAACCCGGACGAGGUGGUCGCCAUGGGAGCUGCUGUGCAGGCUGGAGUGCUGGCCGGAGAGGUGAAGGACCUCGUGCUGCUGGAUGUCGUGCCACUGUCCCUGUCGGUCGCGACCCACGACGGUCUGAGCUCCGUGUUCCUCCCAAGAAACACGCGCGUCCCGGCAAAGAAGACGAAGGUCUUCUCCACUGCUGAGGACAAUCAAGCCCGAGUGACAGUGGAAGUCGUCCAGGGUGAGUUCAGAAAAGCCGAUGACAACAAGCAGCUGGGAGUCUUCCUCCUGGAUGGUAUUCCGCCCUCGCCUGCUGGUAUACCGCAGAUUGAGGUAACCUUCGAUGUGGACAGCAACGGCAUUCUCAGUGUGGGUGCCUACGAUCGGGCUACCCGCAAGGAGACCAAAGUGACCAUCUCCGGAGCUUCUACCUUGGCUCCCGAAGAUGUUCAGGAAAAAGUUGCCGAGGCCCAGAAGAAAGCAGCCGAAGAAGCUUACUACGAACAAGUUGUACUGGUCAAAAACGACGCGGAAUCGGCCGCCUACGCGGUUGAAAGGCUGCUGAGGGACCAGCGAAGAAAGCUCAAGCCUGCAAAGGUGGAGGUGCUGGAGUCGAAGCUAAUCCUGGCGAGAGAUCUACUCGACAAGGAGCCGCCGGACACCGACCUCCUGAAACAGGUUACUGAGGAUCUUCGUGACGAGGUCAGGAACAUCCUCAAGCGGAAGGUGGAGGAAGACUACGAUGUCCAGCAAGGUUUCGUGUCGGGAGAUGAUCCGAGCAAAGAGCGGAAGCGCGCAUCUCUUUAG